AUGGCAAUCCUAGAGCCGGCUCCUUCCCCUCCCCCUCCUCCGGCAGCCGGCGGGUCCCCUGCCUCUAACGAUUCCAGAGAUCCUAUCGCCUCUGAUUCGCCGUUGGACGAUACUGAAACCCAAGACCGCCUUGAAGACUGCGAGCCGGUGCACGCGGGUUCACGCCAUGUUACCGAAGACAAUUCGCGUUCUUCUUGUGCUGCCUCCCUUCAUCAUGCUCUAUUUGAUAAGAUCGUGCGGCAGGUUGAAUAUUACUUCAGUGACGAAAAUCUUCCCAACGAUGUUUUUCUGUUGAAGCAUGUGAGGAAGGACAAGGAGGGCUCACGCUCACCAAGGAUCUUCCUCUUUCUUCCUCUUAUAGAGGGUGCUCUGAGGACUUCUUCCCUACUUGUUGUUAGCUCUGAUGGAAAAAGGGUGAAACGGCUGCAUCCACUUCCGAUUGCCAAACUCGUGGAUGAAAAGGCACGAACAGUUCUUGUUGAAAAUUUACCGGAGGAUUAUUCUGAAGAUAGAAUCCGGGAAAUCUUUGCGAUAGCCGGCCGUAUUUUAGGGGUUACCAUCCAUAAACCGCAACAAAUAGCAACUCUCAAGACGGCACAUUUUGCAAUCAGUAGUAAGCUCCAUGCGCUUGUUGUGUAUGACACUGUUGAGGCAGCAGAGAGUGCCGUUUCGUCACUGAAUGAUGAAAUGAAUUGGAGGAAUGGCAUGCGAGUUCAGAUUUUACUUAAAAGAAUGGAAAAGUAUGGGCUUGCUCAAAAAACACGGAAAAAUGUCUUUUUGGUAAAAAAUAAUGGAGCUGAAGCAUUGGAAAUACCUGCGCUGAACCAAAACGGAUUAGACAAGGAGGAAGACGAUAAUUGUAAUGAAAGUAUGGGUGGGCGGAGGAAUAGGUGCAGAGGUCGAGGCGGAGGCAACCACCAGCAACCAACCAACGGUCAAGGUCAUAGGAAUGUCCCAGCUGGUUUUGACGCUGAAGGCAUGAUUAGUAAGCCAUUUACUGGACCAAAGAUGCCGGAUGGAACGAGGGGAUUCACAAUGGGGCGCGGAAGACCAAUCUCAACUUGAUCGCAACCAUCAUGGUAUGAUCGUGUUUUUAUCUCCCUUUCACUUCUUCAGAGGAGUCCACAUUCUCUGUUCUUCUUGUUUGCACUUCGUAUCUUAUCUGGAAGCAUGUUUAUUUAUUUUCUAUAAAUUUUACUAUGUUAGUUAGGCGUGAUGGAUGGUUUCGAAAUGUGGUUUCAAUUAUAUGGAUGGUGUGUUAUGUAAUUAAGGUGUUGGGAGAACUUGAAUUGUUGCUUAGAAGCAUUUUGGGAUCCCUUUGGUUUUUGUUUUU